AUGGCAGAUUUGCAAGGUUACAUUGUUCUAUUUCUCAUUUUUCUUGUUUCUAUAGUUGCAAUAAAAACAAUCUUAACAAAAACCAGGAAUGCGUCGUGCCUUCCACCAAGCCCAUUGGCCUUACCUAUCAUUGGUCACCUUCAUUUACUAGGUUCCAUUCCUCACCAAGGUCUUCACAAGCUCUCAACUCGCUAUGGACCCUUAGUUCGUAUCUUUCUUGGCUCCGUCCCUUGUCUUGUUGCUUCCUCCCCAGAUAUGGCUAAAGAAUUGCUCAAAACCCAUGAAGCUUCUUUCUCUGCUCGUCCACAUACCAUUGCUGUUGACUACCUCACAUAUGGCGGUGCGGAUUUUGCUUUUGCUAAUUAUGGGCCUUACUGGAAGUUCAUGAAGAAAAUUUGUAUGACAGAACUUCUUGGCGGCCCAACUCUAGACCAGUUCCGUCCAGUCAAGCAAGAAGAAAUAAGGCGGUUUUUAAGUUUGAUGCUUGAGAAUGCGAAAGCAAGUGAUGCAAUUGAUGUAGGCAGAGAACUUAAUAGGCUCAUAAAUAAUCUGAGGAAGUGA